AUGGCUGUUGUACUGAGAAUUAAUUGUUUAGAUGCCAUCAAAAAAUUUUUUGAUCAAUUUGGUACUGCGACUGUGGAUUGGCCCUAUCGUGAUCGAAAUAGCACCAACAUACCAAAUGGUUAUGUAUUCGUGGUAUUCGCCAAUAAUUUGUCGGUUCAAAGCCUCAUUGAAAAUUGCACCUUGCACCAAGGGAAGCUAAGCAUUAUUCUAAAAAAUAAAAAUGAAAAUAUAAAAAUGGUCGAAAUUAGACCAUGGCUACUUUCCGAUCAAGAAUAUCGAAUAUCUCGAACAGCCAUUAACAGACAUUAUUCUAUUUUUGUUGGUGGCGUUCCUCGAACGACAACUGCAAAGGAAUUGGCAGUAGUUAUUCAGCAAGCAAUUGGAUACGUAUUACUAGUAACUUUGGAGGUCGAUUCAGAUACACAAUAUCCGAAAGGUGCAGCUCGAGUUGUACUGGCAAAUCGCGAAGCUUAUGUAACCGCGAUUGCAAUGAGAUUCAUUAAAAUGAUUAAAAUUGAGCAAGAAAAAGAAAUGGAAAUAAAACCAUUUUUACAAGAUUUUGCGCAGUGCGAAGAAUGCCAGUUAUUAUUUACUCGCCAUUUUUGCGCAGAAGUUUGUUGUUUAGUUUAUCUAUGUGAAUCAUGUUGGUUGAGAAUUCAUAAUUCACGAGGUUUGAUCGGCCAUAAGCCAAUGCUCAAAGGCCGUCAUAAAAUGAAGACUCAAAAUGUUGAACAGAUGCCUUUGCGUUUUUUAAAUGCAAAUUCGCUUCAAUAUCAGCAGUCCCACAAGCAACAACGAAAACAAUGUCAGCAACAACUACAACAGCAAAAACAGCGACAACAACCUUUGCAGGGGCAAAAUUCGUAUGGCAGAAAUCGUGUUUACUAUUCAAAUAAAGAAUACCAAGCAAAUACCAACCAAAAUCUUCUUUCACAAAAUCGAGAAAAAGCUUUUUUUACUUUAUUGAACCAUUGUUGA